AUGGCUCAGGUAAGUGGCGGAGGGUCUUCAAGCAGCAAGGCCCCCGCGCCUGCGCAUGAAUCCCCGGGCAAGAUGAAUGUCGCGCCACCCAAGCAAGAGGAUCUCCAGCAGAGCUAUGCCACCCUUAUCGGCAACGAUCCCAACCCCAAGGGCUGGUAUGGUAGCAUGAUCAAUGCUCUUGGUGCCUGUGUCGGAACCUUGGGGGCCAUCCCUCUCUGUUGCUGCUGCCCCAACCCAUACAAGAGCGUCAGCCAGGGCAACGUCGGCCUCGUCACCAAGUUUGGUCGAUUCUACAAGGCUGUCGAUCCCGGUCUGGUCAAGGUGAAUCCUCUGAGUGAGAAGCUCCUCCAGAUCGAUGUCAAGAUCCAGACAUCCGAGGUCCCUGAGCAGACUUGCAUGACCAAGGACAACGUCACCCUGCGCCUGACCUCUGUCAUCUACUACCACAUUGUGGCACCCCACAAGGCUGCCUUUGGUAUCUCCAACGUCCGCCAGGCCCUGCUUGAGCGUACCCAGACCACCCUUCGCCAUGUUAUCGGCGCCCGUGUUCUCCAGGAUGUUAUUGAGCGACGUGAGGAAAUCGCCGAGUCUAUCCGCGAAAUUAUCGAGGACGUCGCUGCCGGCUGGGGUGUGCAGGUUGAGAGCAUGCUCAUAAAGGACAUCAUUUUCAGCCAGGAUCUGCAGGAGUCGCUCUCCAUGGCUGCCCAGAGCAAGCGUAUCGGUGAAAGCAAGGUUAUUGCCGCCAAGGCAGAGGUCGAAUCUGCCAAGCUGAUGCGACAGGCGGCAGACAUUCUCAGCUCAGCUCCUGCCAUGCAGAUCCGUUACCUCGAAGCUAUGCAGGCCAUGGCAAAGUCGGCCAACAGUAAAGUUAUAUUCUUGCCUGGCUCCAGCCAGAACAUGCAGGCUUUCAACGCCCUAAAUGUCUCCCAUGAGCUUGGCGAGGGCAGCGGCUACAACCGAAAUGACCCUGGUAACAAUAAAGACUUUGGAGGUCAGGACCCCGGCUUGCAAGCCGCCAUCAACGCCCGCGUCGUUGAAAACAUCUAA